ACAUAUGGCAACACAUUACGACCAUUUGCGCUGGCCAGACCGAAAUGACUUGACGGCCUAGGUCUUUGCUUUCCCGCCCUAGUGAAGGAUGCCGCCAGCCGGCGAGCUCAUCCCGUAUAUCAAUGCGGUGUUCCCCGCAAGGGAUGCCACCGAUUAUAACUUGUUACUGCGGCGCGCUGUGGCGCUGUGGCUCUACGGUGGCGAAUAUCGGUACCCCAAGGAUGUUCUGGGGUAUCAAUCGUCGAUGUACUUGCUGGGUCAUUUCCUGAAUAUCACCUUCUGCGACAUAUGGCAAGACAAGGGCCGCAUGCAGUGGCGCAGCAUCGCCGACUUCCUGCAGCACCCCGACUCGCACGGCGUGUUCGAUGUGGUCACGCCCAAGGAGGGCAGCGCGCCCGGCGACCGCACACAGGUGGUGCGGCUGAACCCGGCGCAGGUCCGGGCGGUGGCGCUGGAGGCGGGCGGGCCGCUGGAGCUGCAGUUCAGUGCGGAGGAGCCGGACCCCGUGGCCUACCGCAAUGCCAUAGCCAAGGCGGUGCAGGCGGGCUGGCCGGGCAAGACGCCCAUCGCGGCCUUUCGGCGCCGCGUGGCCCUUGAGCUGAGCGCCAUGCGCAACGGGCCCCUGGGCGACCACAGCUGCCUGUCGGCCGCCUUCACCAGCCGGCUGCGCACGGUGGUUGGGCCGGAGCUGCUAUCGCACAUCACCGCCAACGGCGGCGGCCGCAUCCACCUCAAGAGCCUGCUGGCGCGGCCGCACGAGGGAGGGCCCAAGGACGAGGCCGUCACGGGCGCACACGCCUUCAUGCGCUGUGUGCAACUGCCGUAUGACGCCUGCUGUGUCCUAGACUUACACGGUUUGUUGGAGUGGCAUGCAAACAACGGCGGCGGUGCCGGGCCGUUGGGCGCCGCCGCGCCGCCGCGCCGCACCGGCGGUGGUGGCGGCGCUGUAAACAUCGACCUGAGCGGGUUAGUGCCCCGGUACGGCACGCCGGGAGCGAACCAGGCCUCGCCGUACGUGUCUAGCGGCGGCGGCAGUGGGUCUGACCGGGAUGACCUCUCGGGCCUGCCGCUACCCGAGGCCGCAGCCAUGGCCUUCCCGGGCGUCGCCGCCGCCGCGCAGCUCCGCCGCGCGCUGGCGGGCCGGCUGGCUGUAGCAAAGGGCGCCGCUGGUGACGACGGCGGCGGCAGUAGCAACUCCCUGGAGGCAGCCCUGCCGCGCCACACCGCUCCCUGGUCCCUCAUUGCGCCCAUGGUGGCGGCGUCGCGUGCGGCGGCGAUCCAGCCGUCGCUGAAGACACCGGGUCCCUUCCGUGCCUUCCUGCUACACCCCGCCAGCGGCGGUGUCUUCGACACCGUACGGCUGUACGUUUUCAAUCCCCACUCCGGCGUCAAGGAGGCUGUGGACUGUGUGCAGCUUAGUCCGGAGGCGCUGCGUCGGCUUGUGCCAGCUGGCGUGGCGGCGGCGAUCGCCGCUGCCUGGCCCGCUGAUGACGACUUCAGCCGCCUGCGCCGCGCGGCAGCGCACGUGCUCAGCCGCUGGCCGCGGGGCAGCGGCGCCGGAGACGCAGCCUACACAGGCCAGGCGGGGUUGGUGGGCGCGGAGAUUAAAAAGCGGGAGCCGGCGCUUUUCGGAGUUUACGGCGGCCCCAACAAAGGGUUGUUUACCAAGCUGGAUGAGAGCGCCGGCGGCCGGCGGGCGGGCGCCGGCGGCGCCGAGGCGGGCGGCUACAUUGCGUAUGUGCGGGAGGACGGGCGGGAGGGGUACCUGAGGCUUAAGGCGCACGCGCUGGUGCGAGACUUUCCCCAGCAUCACAAUGACGCCGAGCUGGGGCUGGUCAUUGAAGUGCCGGCAGCAGUAGCAGCGGCGGCGGGUGGCACGCGCCCCGCCGGCUUUGCGGCGGCGCCCGCAGCCGCGGCGGAUCCAUGGGCCGGCUUGGCGCCACCGCCAGAGGCGUCGGCAGACUUUGGUGGUGGCUUUGGUUACGGUUACGGGCAGCAGCCGCAGCAGGAGGCGUCGUACGACGCGUCUGGUAACGGAUACGAUCCGUACGGGGUUCAGUACGAGGGUUACGAGGGCUCUGAGGCGGCGGCGGCGGCUGGCGGCGGCGAUGCCGGCGGCGCGGCGGCGGCAGUGGCGGCGCCGCCGCCGGCGGUGGCGGAGAGCGGUGUCCAGCACCAGAUGAUUAUGUCACUGACACCGCCGGUGGUCACGUGGGUCAAAGACAUUGCCGGUUUCAACACCAUGAUUGCGCACUGCCAGGGCGUGGCACAGCUGGGCGUGGCGGUGCACGCGGCGGGCGGCCGGGCGGCGGUGUGUGUGGGCCUGUACGCGCCAGCAGCCAACACAGCCUCCGACGGAGCUAACAGCGCCUGGGACGCCUACGGCAACCCCUCCGUCAGGGAGCCCGCCACCGUCUACCUGUUCCGCGUCACAGACAUCCUGGGGGGCGGGGGCGCCGGCGCGGGGGCGGCGGGAAGUCUUGGAGGGGCGGAGGGUUUCAGCAGCACUGCCAACGGCGGCGCGGGCAGCACCUCUUCGCUGCUGUCGCCGCCGGGCGGGGGUCUGCCGGGCGCCAAGGCGCGUGUGAAGGCGCUGCUGGAGAGCCCCAUGGUGGUCAAGGUGGUGCACGGCUGCGAGCAGGUUCUGACGCUGUCCCCCGCUCUGGGCGGCUGCAUGCCCAGCCCCCUGCUCGACCUGCGACUCCUGGUCCGCGGCCUCACAGCGCUGCUGCCCGGCACAGCCGAGGGCGCGCCGCCGCUGCCCGCGCUGCCGCCGCCGCUGCCAGCCGCCAUGGCGCUUGGGCCCAUGGGUACGAUGGCGGCGGCGGGGCUGUCGGCGCACGUGAACGCGCUGCAGGCGGCGCUGGGCGGCACGGGGCUGUGGAGCGACCGGCCGGCGCUGCUGGCGGCGCUCAUGUCGAGGCACAGCGCGGCGCUGCGGGAGGACAUGUUUGGAGCCAAGGACUGGGACAGCAACCCGGCCGCGCACGAGGCGGCGCUGGCGGCGGCUGCCCAGCACCUGCCCGAGCUGUACGAGGCGGUACAGGGCGAGGGGCUGCCCUGGGUGGCCAUGGCGGGCGCCGCCGCCGCCGCCGCCAGGGCGCUGGAGAAAGUGAUGGCGGCGGCGCCGCCGUAGGCGGCCCUGGCUGCGGGCGGCAGGCUGUGUAGCUGGAUGUGUGCCUAGAUGGCGACUGCCGGAAGCUGGAUACGUGUUAGGGGGUGGGAGCGGGAGUGGCAAGGAGAUUGAUGCAGGAUUGAUGGAUGGGUGAGUGCAGCUGUUCGAUUGUGGGUGGCGCGAAUGUACUGGGUACGGCUGCGGCAGCAGGAUGGCGCAGAGAUGCCGGUUGUGUGCGGGGUUCGUGCUGUGCCCGUGUUUAGUUUUGGGAAUCACAUCUGGCGGGGGGCAGUUGUCCGAAUCCUCCAGGAGGUUGGUGGUGCGCCCGCCCGACGCCCCUGACAUGAGGGAUUGAAGGGGCGGACGGCGACCUCGCGCUACCGUGUUGUUGGGUCUUGCCGGCGGCAGCGCUGGCCAGUAGGGGCCAUGUUGGCUCUGCUGUAAAUUCUGCAAGCUGUGAUGUAAUCCCAUGUCAGCCCACACGGGCUAUGCUGGGUCAUUUCCUGAAUAUCACCUGAUGUGACAUAUGGUCCGCUGCAAACAAUUGCAGAUGCAAAAAGUACCGCACAGUUGCAAAACAUGUCAAGUGACAGGCACGAGUGACAGGGCUGUAACUUUAAUGCGAG